AAAAAAAAAAAAAAAAAUAGCGGUUGAGAAAAGAUAGGCAAAUGUGGAUUUUAGAGAGUAAUUGAACAAAUAUUUUUAUUUAAAAAAAUGGGGAAGAGUGGUUUAAUAUACCUGGGAAGUGUGUUGGACAGAGGAAGUUCGACCCCAUCUCUGCGGGUCCCAAAGAAUGGAACUAUUGAAGGCAAAUGUGGAGAGAUGAAUAUGGGUUUACUAAAUUUGUAACAUUUAGACUAAAUUUACUAAAUUUCAAUGGAGAGUACAAGUCUUAAUAGAUUUAAGCAGGUUUGGCUAAGUUUAAAUUGACAUAAUACGCAACUACAUGAUACAUUUUCGUAAUUUAAGUAUAAUUUUGGGAAAUUAUCUCCCUAUAAUAAUACCGAAGAUUAUGGAACUACCCACAAGGGCCAUAUUCAAAAGCACCAUGCCCUUCUGUUAGAAUCAAAGAGAGCCGAAAAUGAACAAAGCUCAGACCUUUAAUGGAGUUUCCCUCUUCUGCAGAGUUUUGAUUCCUUCACUCUUUGUUCAGCUGAUUGCCAGUUCGAAACCGCAAAGAAUUAGAAACUUUCCCACCCAAGAUACCGUUCUUUCAUUUGCUGGGAAUUCCCAUUUCUUCUUCUUCUACACGACUUAUCCUUCGAUAAUGGCUUUGUCUCUAAAUUCUAAUUUAUUGGACCUUGUUUUCGCAUUCUGAUACCGAUAUCGGCGAUGAACUUGUCCAUCUGUUCGUUUAUGCGUCUUGAAGUCUUUUUCUUUCAUCAUUCCACUGUGGGAUAGAAACUCCAAACGUAUCUUCUUCAGGUGCUCGAAGAAUGUCCGCUGAGAGAUAUUGCUAGCAUAUUUCGACGUGAACAGUGACACUGUAAAAUAGUUGGGCGUGGAACUGGAGCUGUACGCGUUUGAGGUACAAGGUGUUUUCUAAUGUGAAACUAGAUUGUAGAAAUUUGAAUGGAAGUUCUGGUUUCACUUGAUAGAUUUGAAUGUCUGGCCUUGGCACUGCCUCAUUUGUUCAAUUUCUUGCACCCCAUGGUUUCUGGCUGUGUCCUAUGCAAUCAGACUCCAAUUCGUACCAGAGAUAACCAAAUGCCUUUCGAUCCCGACAUUGUCGUCUGGAAGACUCUGCUAGCAGCAUGUAAAGUCCAUGGCAAUCUCGAGGUUGGCAAAAGAGCUGCAGAGAAGGUAUUGAAAACCGAUCCAUCCAACUCUGCGGCACUUGUGAUGCUUGGUAAUAGACAUGCUUCUUCGGGCCAUUGGAACGAUCUCGCUCGAUUGGCGAGCUCGAUGAGACAGAUGGAUGUCACCAAAGUUCCAGGUCAGAGCUGGAUUGAGAUUAAGGAUAGAGUUCAUGUGUUUCUUGCUGAAGAUAGCUUGCAUCCUGAGAGAGGUAGAAUAUACACAAUGCUAGAGGAGUUGAUGUUGCAAAUUUUAGAUGAUAGCUGUGAUCCAAUACAGAUGGAGUCUUUUGAUUAGAUUAUAUCAUAGGAAUAAUUAUUCAAGUCGAUUUUUAGAUGUACCUUGCAUCACAUCACACAAUUUUUAUGUUCGGGUGUGCAUAAGAAUUGUGUGAUGUGAUGAACAUACAAAUUAUGUUCGGGUGUGCAUAGAAAUUGUGUGAUGUGAUGAACAUAAAAA